GUAGUAGCGGAAGAGACGUGGCACAUAAACAGAAGAGCUUUUGGAGACGCCUCUUAUGUGAAUUUGACAAGGAAAGCUAAGUGACUAAGUGACAGUUAUACAGCAUUGCCUGAAACGAAUGGGACUUCAGUGAAGUCUGUGUGUCAGGUGGUUAUGGGUCUUUGCAAGUGUCCGAAGAGAAAGGUGACCAAUUUAUUCUGCUUCGAGCAUCGUGUAAAUGUGUGCGAGCACUGCCUUGUCUCCAACCACAACAAGUGUAUUGUGCAGUCAUAUUUGCAAUGGCUUCAGGAUAGCGAUUACAACCCCAUCUGUGCUCUGUGUAAUAAUCCUCUGACUCUUCAAGACACAGUCAGACUGGUCUGCUAUGAUGUGUUCCACUGGUCCUGUCUUAAUAACCUGGCAUCUCAGCUGCCCCUCCACACAGCCCCAGCAGGAUACCAGUGUCCUACCUGUCAGGGUCCAGUGUUUCCCCCUUCAAACCUGGCCAGCCCAGUUGCUGAUGUGUUGAAAGAACAGCUUUCAUCUGUUAACUGGGCUAGAGCUGGUUUAGGCCUGCCACUGAUUGAAGAGGCCAGUAAGGUACUCGAAGAGACCAUAGCUAAUGAUGUCACAGAUUAUACUGACUGGUCAACAUUUGAUGCACAAGAACAAAGUAGCAUAUACCCUAGCCACUCAUACAAGACCAGUCUCAGCCUACCACCAAAUUCUGUCUCACCCCCAAGACAGGAAGACCUUGGAGGUCCUCGUAAAAAUGGGGAUCCAAGCAUGCAGGAACACUCGGUGAUCAAUUUCACUACUGCCACCACCACCAGUGACACAAUUACUAUAAACACAGCAUCAUCACCAAGAAAAAUCUAUGACACACGGGACAUUGGUAACAGUUCUGUCACACAGAUUGACUUCGAUGAUGACAAGUACAGGCGACGACCAGCGUUAAGCUGGUUUGCACAGAUUCUCAAGAACCGCACAGUUGGAAAACGGACAUCUCUGUCCUGGAAACAGCGGGUCUUCAUGCUUCUUCUGGUCGGAGUUCUGGGAUUCUUUACCUUGAUAAUCAUCAUGGCUAAACUUGGACGUGCCUCAGCUGGGUCAGACCCAAAUUUAGAUCCUCUUCUUAACCCCAACAUUCGUGUGGGGAAAAACUGAUAAAAAGCAUUGAUUCCUUCUUUUAUUUUUGUUUUACACAACUUAAGCAUGUGUAGAACAAGCAGAAAUGGGACUUUCCAAUACUUGGUUGGCCCAACAGAGGGAGCUGCUUACCCAACUUGAAAGGAAAAGAGAAAAGAGCCACUGCACCUUUUAGAAUGGCGGCAGUCCCCUUUUCCAUUCAUUUCCAUCUUUUACAGACCAUAAAAAUAUUUCAUAGUAUUCAGGAGGUUUCCUGUGAUCCAAAAAAGCAACUUCUGUAACUAAAGAAACACUGUUGUUGGAAGAGCAUUAUUCUCUGGCAAAAAUGUCAGACUGUAUAUGAUCAGCAACAAAAUGUUCAGUGAUAUUUAUACAGUUAUAAACUGAUUCAACUUGCUGAUUUGAAUUGUGUUUCUCCUAUAGCGAAGAGGUGGCCCUCACAACUGGAAACCUACAUCUCCCUCAGAUAGUUAAUACACAGCUAAUUAUGAGGGUCUGUAUUAUGAAAUUGAGUGCAUUGCUUUUAGGUUUUCCAUACAUAACUGUGUGUAGAUUUUUCUGUUUUUUUCCAGCCUCUUCUUUUUGUCUAUUAAAUGGAAAUGCUACAGGUUUUCAGCAUUUUGAUGCUCUUUCAAGUUCAUGCUUUGUGACCAAUACCUAAUGCUGGAUUUAGGCAAAAUCGAGAGUAUAUUAAUACUCGAAUAUAUUAGAAAAACUUGUAGUAUUAUUACACAUUUGAGUACAAUAGCUCAAAAGUUCAGUUAUUCUAUUGCCCAUUUCUCAACAAGCUGCUUAUUGAUGCUAUUACAGUAAAUUGCUCCUCUUCCUUUGAACACAAUAUUGUACUAAAGUGAUGUUUAAUACUUUUUCAAAAUCAUACAAGGACCACACAGACCACCCUGGUACACUAAACUCUGACCAUCUUUGAAUAAUUACAGUGGUGUGCUGUAAAUAAAAGCUCACAUGUAAUUACACGUUUUGUGUGUAUGUGACUUUUAUCUGCAAUCAAGCUCUGUUAACGAGUUAUGAGUAACAAAAGCAUGGAUCAUCGUGAGAUGGAUACGUGUAGCAAUGCGUCAUUUGAAUUCAAAGUUCUUGUUUUGUGAAAAUGCAGUGCUGCUUGAAUUUCUGGCUAAAAAUAUUUUAAAUGAUCAAAUUGACAACUUUAUCAAACUUUGCAGUGGUGAAAUCCAGAUAACAGAGGAAAAAAAAAAUAAGAUGGACAAAAUUGUUUACUUAAAUGUAAAUUACAGAUUUCAUUUUAAAAAAUGUGCAUAAUAUCACAUUGUCAUAUCCUGUACAUAAACAAUUCUUGCACAAAGGGUGAAGAAUGGACUCUAAAUAGAGACAAGUAUGUCAUAGCCAUAGAGGCUGGAGGGGGAGAUCCUCUAAACUUGUCCCAAAGAUCAUGUACUUUUUCACAAAGAGGCA